GAGAUGGUGGGGCUGGGACUGAAGCAGGGGUUCGAGACUGGGCCUUCCCACUCUAGAGAUGCUCUGAGGCGCAAGAAGCUAAGCCAGUUGCGCCGAGGUUCCUCUGCUUUGAGGGUGUCGUGGGUCCAACUGGCGGGUCCUCUGGGCGUGCGAUAACUCCCGAGCUCUGCCCGUGUGCGUUUCUGGUGCUUCUAGUAUGCCCGGGAUCCGAUUUACUUCUCUGCUGCGAACCGUCCUUGUCCGCUCAAGUUUCUCUCAACGAAAUUGCUCCGAGGUUAUGUGCGCGGCCUCAGCACUCCAGGCCACGUGCCCGCAGCACCGAGUGGUUGCAGUCUCCAGUUCCUCUCCUCAUCUUCUGGGAGCGUUGCUCAGCCUGCUUACUCCUCUCCACCUCCAGAUUUGGCUUUUCCGCUGCCCAGUUAUAUUCCGAUCUCCUAGAGCCUCAGUUUGGCCUCUGUGAAAUAAAGGCGGUUUAAGGGUCCUCCCAGCCCUAGUCCUGGGUUCUUUACCCCCUCCACCAGCCUUGUGCACGCAGCCUUGUGUACGCAGCCUUGAAGACAUUGAAUGCUAGUCCUCUUAUUUUAAGUAGCAAUCUGUUGGCGAGUCUCAGUCACCCCAGCCAAACUUUGUGCUCCUUGCAUUUCCUUCUUAACGUAAAUGUCCCAAGCUCAGCCCACAAGAGGGCAGAGCAUUCUGGUCCAGGAAGUAGAAGGUUGGGGUGGGGGUGACCUGGGGUGUUGCCACUGUGCAUCUGCCAUCGGUCCUUGCCCCUGCAGGGAGUGCUCGGUGCCCCCUCCCCAUGCCACCCCCACGAUGCCUCCGUCCCGCUGGCUGAGAUCUGCGGGGGUCUUCCUGCUGCCAGCCCCCUGCUGGGUGCCCCGGGUGAGGUGGCUGGGUCUCCUACGGCAGCCCUCCCUGGUGCAUGGGUGCCCAGUCUUGGGGGCCUGGCACAGUGCCCGCCGCUGGUGCCAAGCGUGGACAGAGGAGCGUCGAGCACUUUGCUCCUUCCUCAGAAUGAAUGGAGACCAGAAAUCAGAUGCUUAUGCCCGAGAAAAGCAGAAUUUCAUCCAGCACUUCUCCCAGAUUCUCAAGGUGCUGACGGAGAAUGAGAUGGGACACCCAGAGAUGGGAGAUGCUAUUGUCCGGCUCAAGGAGGUCCUGGAGUACAAUGUCAUUGGAGGCAAGUACAACCGAGGUUUGACGGUACUGGCAGCGUUCCAGGAGUUGGUGGAGCCAAGAAAGCAGGAUGGUGAUAGUCUGCAGCAGGCUCUGGCCGUGGGCUGGUGUGUGGAGCUGCUCCAAAGUUUCUUCCUGGUAUUAGAUGACAUAAUGGAUUCAUCCCUCACCCGACGGGGACAGCUCUGCUGGUAUCAGAAGCCAGGUAUAGGUUUGGAUGCCAUCAAUGACGCUCUGCUGAUAGAAGCGUGUAUCUACCGCCUGUUGAAGCUCUACUGCCGGGAGCAGCCCUAUUAUCUGAACCUGAUCGAACUCUUCCUGGAGACUUCCUAUCACACUGAGAUUGGACAAACCCUGGACCUCAUCACUGCCCCCCAGGGCAACGUGGAUCUUGGCAGAUUCACUGAAAAGAGGUACAAAUCCAUUGUCAAGUACAAGUCAGGUUUCUACUCCUUUUACCUUCCUGUAGCUGCUGCAAUGUAUAUGGCAGGCAUUGACGGGGAGAAGGAGCAUGCCAAUGCCAAGAAGAUCCUGCUGCAGAUGGGAGAGUUCUUUCAGAUUCAGGAUGAUUACCUUGACCUCUUUGGUGACCCCACUGUGACGGGCAAGGUUGGCACUGACAUCCAGGACAACAAAUGCAGCUGGCUGGUGGUUCAGUGUCUGCAGCGGGCCUCUCCCGAACAGCGCCAGAUCCUGCAGGAGAAUUAUGGGCAGAAGGAGCCUGAGAAGGUGGCCCGGGUGAAGGCACUGUACGAGGAGCUGCAGCUGCCUGCUGCGUUCAAGCAGUACGAGGAAGACAGUUUCAGCAAACUUGUGGGCCUCAUCGAGCAGUAUGCUGCUCCCCUGCCCCCAGCUAUCUUUCUGGGGCUAGCACACAAGAUCUACAAGCGGGAAAAGUGACCUGGAGACUGCGAGGGCAGGGAGGGGAGGCUUUCAAUAAAUUAUUGGUUAACUUUA